UUCAGAUAAUGUAUAGAGUUGGUAUUUAUUAAUCUCUCCAGUCUGUUUCAGGGAAGUAAUGGCCACAGCCAACUUGCAGUUUCUCUUCUCCUCCUUUCUCCUUGCAGCUCUCCUCAUUGCAGGGACUGCAACUCAUUCAGAACUUCUACAUCAACAAGGAGGCUUCAAUUCAUAUCCAUCACAAAGAGUAGUAUCAGUUCAGGGUUCUUGGGUGCUAGAACAAUGGAGAUGGAGGAUGGAGAAAAUGGGGUUCAAGAAGAGAGAUGAUAGGGUCUACAGCCCCAACAUGCACAUACAAUGAAUGCAAAGGGUGCAAGUUCAAGUGCAGAGCAGAGCAGAUUCCUGUGGAUGGUAAUGACCCAAUUCACAGUGCCUAUCACUACAAGUGUAUGUGCCAUAGGUAAUUCAAUGAGUGGCUCCUUUUUUUUUUUUUUUUUGGGUUCUUUUUUGGUAAGUUUUAUAGUCUGGUUAGAUGCAUGUGGGAUGUAGGAGAAAAUAUUGAAGCUAGCAAAGUUUGGAUGAUGAUGAUGAGGUUAUGCAUAAGCAAAUUUUGGGCACUUUUUUAUUUGUAGAUUUAAUAUAGGAAUUUUAAAAGGUUUUUGUAAUUUUCUUUUGAAAUUUUGGCAUGUCUUUUUAGGGGUGUUACUUCCAAUAUUCUACCUGCUAAUUAAUAACUUUCUAAAUGAAAGUACUUUGCUUUUGGUCCA